AUGGAGGAAAAGUUUAAAUGCCUUGUUGAGUGGAUGCAAGUAAUAGCUUAUUCCACAAAGUCGGUUUCUUUUGGGCAAGAUGAAUAUGAAUUUUCUGAUGAAGCGGUCCAAAGACUAAAAACAAAGAUUGCUGAAGUUAUUACUCGUUCGCGCGAAGAAACUUCGAAAAUGGAGGACAUCCAAGGGCUUCUUGCUACAAAAGAUCGCCAAAUAUUUUAUCUCAAGAAAAUGAUUUCUAGGCUCGUGCAAGGCCUGAGGCGCUCUAAUGAGGCUGAACAGGACACAAGUAAGGAAUCUGAGAAUUCGGAGGCGCAAAAAAGGUUACACUACUUGGAAUCUCAACUAGAAGAAGCGAGGAUGCAGCUGGCUCAAUUUGAAAAAGGUUCUUCGCACCCCACGUUGGAGUCGUCAGCAUUACACGAAAGCUUUAGGCAGUCACUGGCUGAUUUAUUGAACAGGUCGGGAUGGAUUUGCGUCGAUUCGGAAGAAGGAAUACUUGGUGUUGUUAGCCGAGUGUUGAUAACUCUUAGCAGCAAGACAGAAGCAUGUUCAAGUCUUCAAUCACGCUUGACUGAAAUGAAGGCGAAACUAUCCGAUUUUGAGCGCAAAAUCGCUGAUGAUGAUUACAGAAUCGAACAUCUUGAGGACGAAAACUCGAAAUUGUGUGCACAAUUGAGUCGAAGUUCUCACAAAUCAGUCGAGUUCUCACCUUGUACCGUGGAUCUUGAAGGCUGUAAUGCGAAGCUGAUUCAGUUUCUACAUGAACUGCAAGAUCAGCUUUCUAUCGAUCCAGUGUUAUUUUCCCAAAUGGGCAUCACCGAUCAGCGGGAACUUGUGUUAGAAAAUAUAUCUAAAUUAACUGCCCCUUCGCCUGCAAAAUCAGACUGCGACCUUGCUCCCAGGUUGCAUAAGCGUAUUCAGAGACUUCAGGACGAGCUGAUGAGCCGUGACUUACAGUUGAAGUCGCAUAACCAGAAGGUUGCCAAGCUGGAGGAACAACUGGCGGCUGCUAGAAAGGGCGAGACGGAAGCCAAUGAGAAGCAAGCCUUUGCCGAACAACGCAUUGCCCGAUAUCGCAAGACGGAAGCUGAAGCCACUAAGUUAAAGAAGGAAAUCUCGCAGCUAAAGACACAAGUGAAGGAAAACAGUGAAUUCCAAAUGCAUCUCGAGGAGAAACUUGAGCGGAUAGUUGAAUUGGAGGGUACUGUGAAAAAUCUUGAGGAAAUCCGCCACAGACAAGCCAGCAAGAUUGGGGAACUCAUUGCGGCCCGUGACGCGGAACAAGCGGCAACUUCGCGCAAGUUACUUCAACAGGAGGAAAGUCAACGCAUUCGAUUCACCAAUGAAUUACAUGAAACCAACCAAUUGCUGGAACAACUUAGUAAGGAGGCACAUGAGCUUCGCAACUUUCGCAGCGUAGUGGGACGUUUGCUUGGAAUGCGCGUUGACCAACUGGCCGCACCGAAUAAGGAGAUAAUUCAUGGGGUUGAGCGGCUGCUCAAGGAGGCAGGCGGCAACUGUCAGAGCCGCAGCACCGCAUUCAGUGCCCGAAGUGUCUCGCCGAGGAAGGCUCUGCACAGCUCCAGUGCACGCAUUGGCUUCACUCAUGCCUUUAGUGACUCAGAGCCGCUGCCUGAGGGAAAGGACUCUCCAAUGCAGCACAGUGAAAUGGGCCAAAGUCGAAGCAGCUCGCGAAUCGGUCCCACCCAGGUCUCCAAUUCUUCUGCAAGCUCCCCCUCUGGACACCAGCAACCGUCGCCUCGCGACACCCGAAGAUACUGA